UGCAUUGAUUCGCUAUCAUUCGCUCUAAUAACUUGCUUCUUUGGUUGAAAGAAACGUUUAAACUUAAAACAUUUUUUCAAAAGAAAAACUUAUAGCCGAUUGUUUGUAAUUCUUAGCUCUUCAUAUUAUUGCUCUGGAUAUUUUACGAAAGGAUAAAAACGCGUAUUUUUUUAUUUAAACUCGCUAACAAAACGCAAAACGGUGUUUUUAAAGAAAAAAAUAUAACACAAGUGAAAAAUAUCCAAGAUAAAUUAUUUCAAAAAAAGAAAAGAAAAAUUGUGUUUUUCCUGAAUUUAAAAAAAAAACAAAAAUUUUCCUUAAUCUACAAAAGAAAAGCUAAAGCUAGACUUCAACGGCUGUGUUGCAGAAAAAUUUAACAAAUAGAAGCAAGUCCUGUUCUACAAAUAAGCAGUGAAAACCCAUAGUGUUCCAAGUUUUCGAAGGCUUAUUAUUUAAUCUUAGACAAAGAAAUCAACAAAAAGUAUUAAGUGUUUUUAUUCACUAAAUAAAUUUUUGAGAUUUUUUUUGAAAAACAAAAGAAAAUCUUAAAUAAAUACUUUUAAAUCAUCUUUAAAACUACAUAUCCUACAAAAACAACAACAACUAUAACAAAAUGAUGGCUGUAGCUGCUGCUCAAAAGAAUCGCGAAAUGUUCGCUAUUAAAAAAUCAUACAGUAUUGAGAACGGUUAUCCCUCUCGUCGUCGCUCUUUGGUGGACGAUGCCCGUUUUGAAAGUUUGGUGGUCAAACAGACAAAACAAAUUGUCUUGGAGGAGGCUCGCACUAAAGCCAAUGAUGGCACCUUGGAAGAGGCCAUUUUGCAAGCCAAAGGUGAACAUGUACCAAAUCAAGAACAAAUUGAAUUACAAGAUGAACAACAAUUAGAAAAUCUAGAUGUUGUUGAUGAUAUUCAACAGCCCGUUUUUAAUGAAGAUGAUAAUCAUGAUGAUUUACCAGCUGACUUAGAACAAACUCAGGAAAAUGAUUCGCAAGAAUCAACAGAUAAAAAUAAUACAGAGGAUGCUGGUUUAACUGAAGAUGAAAUUGUCUUGGCCAAUGCUGUUUCCGAAUCAGCUGAGGCUGAAAAUGUCAUGCAAAAUGCUGCCUUGAUUGUGCGUCUUAAGGAGGGCAUUACCUCUUUGGGUCGCAUUUUAAAGGCCAUUGAAAACUAUCAUGGUUCCAUACAACAUGUCGAGUCACGUCAAUCGCGCUCGGAUGGUGCCGAUCAUGAUGUUUUAAUCAAAUUGAACAUGACUCGUGGCAAUCUAUUGCAAUUGAUUCGCUCAUUGCGUCAAUCGGGCUCGUUCAGCAGCAUUAAUUUGUUGGCUGACAAUAAUAUUAGCGUUAAGGCUCCUUGGUUCCCCAAGCAUGCCUCCGAAUUGGAUAACUGUAAUCAUUUGAUGACUAAAUAUGAACCUGAUUUGGAUAUGAAUCAUCCUGGUUUUGCUGAUAAAGUCUAUAGACAACGUCGCAAGGAGAUUGCCGAAAUUGCUUUCGCCUACAAGUAUGGUGAUCCAAUUCCCCACAUUAACUACACCGAAGUUGAGAACAAGACCUGGCGUUCUGUUUUCCGCACUGUUAAGGAAUUAUCGCCUAAACAUGCCUGUGCUGAGUAUCGUGCUGCUUUUAAGAAAUUGGAAGAUGAGAAUAUUUUCGUUGAGGAGCAUUUGCCUCAAUUGCAAGAGAUGUCUGAUUUCUUGCGUAAGAAUACCGGUUUCACUUUGAGACCUGCUGCUGGUUUAUUGACUGCUCGCGAUUUCUUGGCUUCUUUGGCUUUCCGUAUUUUCCAGAGUACUCAGUAUGUGCGUCAUGUUAACUCACCCUAUCAUACACCUGAACCCGAUUGCAUUCAUGAAUUGUUGGGUCAUAUGCCCUUGUUGGCUGAUCCCAGUUUUGCUCAAUUCUCACAGGAAAUUGGUUUAGCUUCAUUGGGUGCUUCGGAUGAAGAAAUUGAAAAAUUGUCCACUGUCUACUGGUUUACUGUUGAAUUCGGUCUCUGCAAAGAACAUGGACAAAUCAAAGCUUAUGGUGCUGGUCUCUUGUCCUCCUACGGUGAAUUGUUGCAUGCCAUUUCCGAUAAAUGUGAACAUCGUGCUUUUGAACCCGCUUCCACCGCUGUACAACCCUAUCAGGAUCAAGAAUACCAACCCAUCUACUAUGUAGCCGAAAGUUUCGAAGAUGCCAAAGACAAGUUCCGUCGUUGGGUAUCCACCAUGUCUAGACCCUUCGAAGUGCGUUUCAAUCCCCAUACCGAACGUGUAGAAAUCUUAGAUUCGGUUGAUAAAUUGGAAACUUUAUUGCAACAAAUGAACACUGAAAUCUUACAUUUGACCAAUGCCAUCAACAAGAUGCGUCGUCCCUUUUAAGCUCUCUUUCUUACACACACACAAACAAAGUGUUUAAGUUUGUUUAAGCGAGAGAGAAGUGAGAGUAUGAGAGUUUAACCUUAAAACGUAGCUUCAGUUUUUUUUAAAAGCUCUUUUGUUAUAAUUGUUUAAAAUAUUUUGUGAUCCUUUUUUUUUAAAUUAGUUUAAAUGUUUUGUUAAUUUUUUGCCUUAAAAUGUGUUUCAUUUAACCCUCAAAGUAUUAAAAAUUAACAUUCUUUAAACUUUUUAAAGUUUAGCAAAUUUAAUCCAAAACAGUUACGUUUAUUAUAAUAAUAAUUUUUUUUAAUAAUAUUUAAUUAAUUGCAAAACUCUUAAAGACCCCUUGAAAGUAUUCUUUUAAAUGUACAAUAUUUUAUUAUUAUUAUUAUUUUAUUUUUUACUCAUAGCCAAUCAAUCAUUUCUGUUUCUUUUCCUAAACUUAUUAAUUAUUAUUAUUAUUUUAAUUUAACUCUCCAAAAUUUGUUUGUAGCAUAUUUUUUUAUUUGUCAUUUAAUUUUAUUUAUUUUUUAUGUUUUAUUGUUUAUAAUUAAUUAAUAACUAUUAUUGGACCAAAAAAAUCCUUAGUUUUUAAGUUCUGUUCUUUUAACUCUUUCUUUUUGUCUACUUUUUGCAAAAUUUUUGUUAAAUAUUGUUUUAAUGUUUUAGUUUUAUACACAUUUUAUUUUGGUAAUUUUUUCCUUUAACUUUUUUUGUCUUUGUAUUUUUCUUACUUCAAAGAAAUAUUUGAAAAGAACAAGAAUUUUAAAAAUGAUUUUUUUAUACACACAAUAUUUUAUUAUUUUUAUUAAUUAAUUUUAUAUAAAAUGUAACUAUUAUUUUGUAUUAAAUAGGUAUGUAGUUUUAUGUCUCUAGUAUUAUUUAAGAUUUUUUUUCAAUAAUAAUUAAAAAAUAUAUAUUGAAUUGCAAAAAUAAAGAAAAUAAAAAAAAAAAUAAAAAUGUGUUUUUAUGCGAAAUUAU